GAAUCGUGAAAUAGUUUUGUUGCUGCUUUUCGAUAAGUUUAGUCAUUGAAAAAGCAAUUGCGUUUUCAAAAACGAGUUUUUAAAAAUCCUUAUCCCAUGAGAGGCACAAAGUAAAUUUAACAAAUCCAAAUCUUGUGUUACAUACGCGUUCUACAAUAUGACACCAAGCCGCUUGAAAGCUAGUCUCUUUUUGUGUUUCCAUUUAUUCCUUCUCGUAUUCCUCGUCGUUUGGUUUCGUAACGCAAUUUUCAUGUUCAUGGAUGACUUUCAAACAGACACCAUUCCUUCUGCUGAACUUCAAUACCUGAGAGAAGAAAUUCAUCUUGCUUCAAAAAACAUGUCUCUAGAUAAUUUAAAGGCCGCGGAAUGGCUCCCAAAUGUCUCUGGACACGAACCCUUGAUUCCCAAAAUCAUUCACCAAACAUGGAAAACAGAUACAGUUCCUGAAAAGUGGAAAGCUGCCCAAGAGAGCUGUUUAGCUUUGCAUCCAGAUUAUAAAUAUAUUUUGUGGACUGACGAAAUGUCUAGAAACUUCAUUGCUGAACAUUACCCUUGGUUUCUCAAGUACUUUGAUGCUUAUCCCUACAACGUUCAACGGGCAGAUGCAAUCCGUUAUUUUGUCCUUUUGCAUUAUGGUGGGAUCUACAUCGACCUUGAUGAUGGCUGCCAACGGCGCCUUGAUAGCCUUUUGUAUUAUCCUGCUGUCUUCCGUAGAACUGAUCCUGUGGGCGUCUCCAAUGAUGUUAUGGGCUCCGUUCCUGGCCAUCCUUUCUUUUCCUUCAUUAUAAGCAAAUUAGCGAGCAAUGCAAAGUCUUAUAUCUUCCCAUAUCCGACCAUUAUGUUCAGUACGGGCCCUUUAUCCAUCAGCUUUCUUUGGGAAAACUAUAAAAACCAUUUACCAAAAGACAGUUCCGCAUCUGCAAGAAUACGUAUUAUGUUAGAAGAAGACUACAAAUUGUCCAACGAAUCUUACUUCACUUAUUUUGAAGGCUCUUCUUGGCACGAGAAAGAUGCUUCCUUUAUUCUGUGGGCAAACAAACAUAUCUUGGGUCUUAUAGUCUUUGGCUUUUCCACUUAUUUUGUUCUUUCAUACUUCGUUUUCUCUAAAUUCCUUGACAGUCGUUUAUGUGAAAGAUGCUUUUUCUCCCGUCAACACAAAGUUACACUCCCUCUCUCAGAACAAGAAGAUGUGUAACUUCAUCCGAGCUGUCUCAACUCAUAAAACUUGUUACACUUUUUUAUUGCUACUCAUCUCAAUUGAAUUCAAUCCAAAGAAGCAAAUACGAGCUUGACGACUAAACUGACCACUGCCGAGGGAAUGUUUUUCUAAAUUGUCUUGGAUUCCUUUGGCAUGUGAUGUAGUGUCUCGUACGAUUUGCUAAUUUUCCAAUACCGCGGCACACCGAGAUGAACCGCGAAGGUGAGGUGAUUUAAUUUAAUCUUUUUCUCAAGAGCAAACUCUACGCAAAGUCAGCUGAGUGAGAUAAACAUUUGGUAAAGAAAUCCGCUUUAGACUCAUUGUUCAGUUUAAAAAUUUCUUUAAAAGGUUUGUUUAUUCAUUGGAAAGUUU